AUGCCAUUGACUUCAAACUCCUCGACUUCGCCUCACAAUCCUCGAGCUGCCGUGAAAGCCUCCGCUCAACAACAACAAAUUUUACAGCAAGCGGAAACAUCGACAGCCACCAACGAGAAAGUCCGGAAGCUCGCGGCGCCACAUCUAUUCGACAUUGGCAAGAAGGAAGAUCACCACACGAUGGACGGUCAAUCGGAGACGAGCAAGCUGUCACGAGCUGCAGCUCAGAAUAUUUCCAUACAACCAACCUCACAGGAGCGACAGCAGUCAGGCUCCAGGAGACACCCACCACCUGCUCCCUUGUCGCCUUCGCGACUGGCAUACCAGCCGAGUGUUGCCAGCUCACCCUCCCGCCUACGAUCCAACUCACCUAGACUACAUAACCCUGGAAAUUCUGAAAUCUUUGAGCGCAACGUCCAAGAACCGAUAUCGAUCAGUAACUUACACGGCGAAUUGAACCCAGCACACAUUCCCGCACAUGUCAUAACCGAAGACUCAAUCCCGCCGGCGUUGGAAGCUUCAGCGCUGACCAUAACAUCCUCAAGCCUGGAUCCGGAUGAAGUGGAGAUUGUUACGUCCUCAUCCCAUCAGCCAGCAGCUUCUGGUAUCGAGGGUUCCACAAGCCACAGUGAUCUGACACCAUUAGAAUCACCGCUUCUGACACAUCGUAACAAAUCAGAGGAGACCGCGCACUCAUUCCUACAGCAUUCCGGAACAUUUCCCGGAAUCGAGGACGAGAGCGCAAGCAGUUACGGCCAAUUAGACCCCAACGACGUGCGACGAUUAAGCUUCAUCUCCUUCAGCGACAUUGUGCAAAGCGAACAACACCAAAUGGCAGCUUCAGCUUUGGGGGAUGUGGGAAGUAGAGACAGCCUCCACCUCCACCACGACGGAACCGCUUCGCCCGUCCGAGUCCCACGCUCACCUACAACAACCUACGAUCGAAGCAUCAACGGGCUGACCACACCUCCCGCUGUCAGCGGAGCCGUCAAUAUCAAUUCCAUUCCCGGCACCGCCGAGCAAUCAUCAUCACCGACUCAGAGUAUCAAAUUGGGGAGUCCGAGCGGGCAACAGCACGGUGAUUUGAAUAUCGAGACUAUGAGACAAGCGCUGCGGAAAACCGCCAGCGGGGAUCUGAGUGGUGGGAGAAGCGCUGCUACGAUGUCGCCUGCGAGCGAUGCUACGUCGCUUGGGUGA